UGGAUCGAUCAGAGUCACGUCGUGAUGGUGUCUUUAUUUCAGCCCGUUUAACAGAAAACACAAACAAAACAAACCAAAGAAUUCCUGAGGGUCAACAAAAUGGAUGCCAAAACUACAGCCGACACCCCCAUGACAUGGCAACAAGUGGUGCAGCCCAGUCAGCUGACAUUCAGGUCUCUUCAGAAACACCUUCAGCUGAACCAGGAAGAACUCCCUCAUCAUCAUCAUCAUCAUCAUCAUCGUCACAGACCAUUGGACACCCGAACAAUCCUCUUACAUGUACCCCGACCUGCAGCCUUAAUCCUCGGCCCCUUAUUCCCCGAACCUUCGUCUGUUGUAUGUUUCCUGAAGUGGAAGCGGACGACUUGCGGAAGGAGCAAAUCAAAAUGGCGAGCCAAGAGGAGUCUGUGAGGGAGUUCGUCGCUGUCACUGAUGUGGACGAAGAGCGGGCCCGCUUUUUCCUGGAGUCCGCCGGCUGGAACUUGCAGCUCGCACUCGCCAGUUUCUAUGAGGAUGGAGCUGAUGACGACAUAGUGACGCUCCCUCAGCCUGAGGGAGGCUCCUCAGUGUCCCGGUCUGCAGGACCAAGCACACAGCCCAGAGUGACCUCCUUCAGAGAUCUGAUGCAUGAGGCAGAGGAGGAGAGUGAUGAGGAGGAAGGUCAAAGGUUUUUUGCGGGGGGGUCAGAGCGCAGUGGGCAGCAGAUCGUUGGGCCUCCAAAGAAGAAGAGCUCCAAUGAAGUUGUGGAGGAUCUGUUCAAAGGUGCCAGAGAACAUGGUGCUGUACCUCUGGAUCGGCCCGGGAAAGGCCCAGGAGAGGCCAGCAAAGCCAAGGCGUUUGCAGGUGGAGGUUACAGGCUCGGAGCAGCUCCUGAGGAGGAGUCCACGUACGUGGCCGGAGACAGACACGCCUCCAACAGUCAGCAGGAUGUUCACGUUGUGCUUAAACUGUGGAAGACGGGUUUCAGUCUGGAUAACGGUGAACUCAGAAACUACAGCGAUCCUGGAAACGCCCACUUCCUGGAGGCAAUCAGACGAGGGGAGAUUCCUCUAGAGUUGAGGCAGCGGUCACGAGGAGGUCAGGUCAACCUGGACAUGGAAGACCACAGGGACGAGGACUUCACCAAACCCAAGAUGGCCUUUAAAGCGUUUGUAGGUGAAGGACAGAAGCUGGGAAGUGCCACCCCAGAGUUGGUUUCAGGUUCCGCCUCCUCCCAGCUGGACCAGGCUGCCAACGAGGCCCAGGCCAGCGCCUCUGUGUCCGUCGACUCCUCCCAGCCCGUCACUAACAUCCAGAUUCGACUGGCCGACGGUGGCAGACUGGUACAAAAGUUCAACCACACCCACAGGGUUUCCGACCUGCGCCAGUUUGUGGUCGGGGCGCGGCCCGCCAUGGCUGCCCAGGAGUUUGUCCUCAUGACCACUUUCCCCAGCAAGGAGCUGUCGGACGAGAACGAGACGCUGGAGCAGGCCAACCUCCUCAACGCCGUCAUCGUCCAGCGGCUAAAGUGAGGCAGCGCCGAGCGUAAGGUCAAUCCCUGCUGGUGUGGUCGGGUACUGCGGCCACGUGAAAGCCUGCUGCCCCCUCUGAAUGGAGGAAAAAAUACACAGACUUAUGUAUGGACUUUUCAUUUCUGGUUUUUUUUUUUUUUUUUUGGUUUUUCUAAAGUCAAAUGUAACAUUUUGCCCCCCCCUCACCUCCACCACCCCCACCCUCCAUCCCUGUGUGGUAUGUGACAGGAAGUUAUGACAUGGGGGGGGGAAACUUAAAAAAAUGGAGUUGAGAUGUGAUUUGUGAUGGUGACGAGUUGACUCUCGAGAAGAACGACGUUCACUAACAAUUCCUUAACUUAGUUCCUCACGUUUUUCAUUUUCUAUUAACCUUGAUUUGACCCUUCAGCUCUGUCACUGUCAGGUGCCGAAGCUCUCGCCGCACGAGUGUCUCCGUCUCAGCAGCACAAACCAGAACCACAUGAGGAAUACUAGUUUUAUUAAAGGGAUAGUUCAGGGUUUGUUUGUUUUGUUAACGGGGUUAGACUGAGCUGAAAAUUGUUGUUUUCCUUAAUGGAGUGAACGGUUUAACUAAAACUUCAGUUUCCACUCGGAUAAAUCUCUCCAGCUGUGAGGCAAACGGAUCCUUGAGAUUACACAACCACAGCUCCGUUAGUUCAGCUUUUCUUUUAUGAGGUAAACUGUGCUGCACAACAUAGAGUAGAACAGGACCAUCAAGAUUUCCACCACCUUUUCACACCAUUCUUAGAAGAUAUUCAGAUUGUGACUCGAGUGUCGCGAUUGUCCUCUAAAAACAUCUCGCUCCUCCACGUCGUUAAACCACGUCUGCAGAAGUUCUGCUUUAUCGCUCACGGAGGCGUUUGCUCGUCCCGCUGCAGCAGCGCUGCUUUGUUGAAGGUGCUUUUUUUAACGUCUUCUCAGUCACAGGCGAUUUUUAUAUUGUCAUGCUCUUCAAUAAUGCACGUGUUUGAUCGCCAGCUGAAGCAUGUUUGAGACAGUUAAAAACACACGUUUGAACACCACAUGUAACUCUAUCAUUCCUCUUCCUCACUCACUCUCGACAUGUGUCGGGGAAUUUGGAGAGAGAGAGAGAGAGACGCUGUUCGAUGCUCGCUCAGAUUACAUGACCUGCAGCGGGAGCUUGCUUGAGACAUGGCUGCCUACACAUACACGGAGAGUGUCCGGCCCUGUGUGACCCUCACGUGAAGGAUCUUAAAGUGUCUGUUUCUUAUAUAACCACGUUUCAAAAACCUGAACUUUCCCUUUUUAAGUGACAAGUACAUUACAGUCGUGUGGUUUUGUUCACGUUUCCUUUCCCUGCGACGACGUCACAAAACACAAGGACAAACCCACGUGUACCAGUAGCCUUAUACUCGCCACAACUCCUUCAUCCUCUCAUUCAAAUCAAGAUGGAAUUAUUUUUUUAAGCUGCCUUUUGUCCCCUCCUCCAUUCUUUUUUUUUUUUUUUACUUUCAUUUUACCGAUUGUACCGUCGUCCCCACUUAGAGAGAUUUUGAUGUGGCGAAACAUCACAGUUACACCAGUGGCUUUGAGGUCAGAGAACAAAGAAGGUAUAGAUUGUAAAACUGCUUUGUUGUAGUGGAAGAAGUUGAAUUGAGAUGAAAACGCUGACAGCCUCUAUGCAUCGUGGGGCGACACCGAAAUUCUGUUUGGACCUCCGGUGGAAUAAAUCCAUUUUAUGGUUGAUGUACAAAGAA